AUGUCCGAUAUAUUUGUAUUUUGUGUACCCCUUUGGAUUCUAUGGAUGUUACAAUGUGUUCACGGACAGUCUAUUGAAAGUAUUUGCAAGGAAUCAUGUAAGGCGAACCUGACUAUCACUUCCAGAGAUAGAUCUCUUUUCUGCAACGAUGAAUGCAAGCUGGACCAGUGCCGAUUGGGCUGUGAAAGGUACAAUGUUGGUCUGGAGUCAACAUGUCAGCAGGCCUGCAGUGAAUCUUCUGUUGAGAGACAAUUUUGUAUGAAAGGAUGCAACACAGCCUUAGGAAUCUACACCAGAAACAUUAAAGCCAACUGGUCAUCUCUAUCAGCCCCAGAACUGAAGCAUGGCAGUAAAACUCACUCAUCAGUGGUUCUUCACUGGGAUGGGCCGACUCACCCUAACAUCACCUACUAUAUACAGAGUCGUAUCACAGACUUCAACACUGACUGGGAAAUUUACAACCAGUCAUCUCUGGAACCUGGAGGUGACAUCAACAUUACAGGGCUCCAUCCAUAUGUCACAUACAAAUUCAAGAUUUUGUUGGUGAUUACUCCAGCACAUAUGAGUGCCACGCCAGAGUCUGAAGAGAUUACAACCAGUCCUUAUGGAGCACCAUCAUCAGCCCCCUAUAUCCUGGAUGUGUCAGCCCCUACCCCCUCUGUCAUCACCAUCUCUUGGAAACCUCCAGUCUUCACCAACGGACGAAUUUUGGGCUACCGACUGAACCUUGACCCUGUCAACCAUCCAAGCUUACAUAAGGUGAAUUGUGAAGUAUCUGGUAAUGUGACAUCAUGGAUGCUCCGGCAACUGCAGUCCUCGCAAUUGUACAACAUCACUGUAUCUGCAUGGAAUAGUGAUGGGGAGGGGCCUGCGGACUCAGCCAACAUCACCACUCCAAAUGCUGGCAAUCUGACAGAGGACAGGAUGCCUUAUCUGAUACUUGGAGAAGACAACGUAGUUCUCAAACAAAACAUGGAGGAAUGGCUCUACUCCGAACCCCGCCAGCUUCAUGCAGAGGCAGAGAACUCGUUCCUCUCGG